GUCCAUCUGUAUUAGUAAUGAAAGGCUGUUAGUGUGGCAUAUCUUGUGACUUGGCGAAAGAAUAUUAUAAGGAGAGCUGGAUUUGAUUUGCCCACAAUUAUAGCCUCAACCUCAUCAUGGCAGAAACAGUUGUGAAACCAGCCUGUUGGCGCAAUGUUCUCCCCACAAGUUGGGCCAUCAGGACGUCGUAUAUUCUCUAGCACAGUGAAUCUCUCCAUCCCUCAUAACAAUAUGGACACCAGUGGUUAUCAUGUAGAGGACCAGAGCUUCAACUCUGCUUCAGCGGCCCUCAAUGCCUACAUCAAUCAUUUUGAACAUUCACAGGGACCCAUCUCAACCCCUGUUGCUCAAAGAAGUGGCACCAAUCAAUUUGGCCACUCAUCUAAUAGGGUUUUUAAUACCAGCCUUAAGAUUGAUGGGACACACGGAGCCUCAGGUGGUCGGACUCCAAGAGGGGGAUCUACUCUAAAAAGUAGGCCUACCACUGCAGAUGGGCCAACCCCUAGACAGCACUAUUAUCGAGAUGUCAAUGAUCUGAUUAUUCCUAAAUCUCCACUACAGCUAACUGCAGAAAGAUCUUUACAAACAGGGACCAGGCACACAGCUAAGGAGGAAAGGCUUUAUGAACUUCGGCAGAUGAUUGACCGAUCACACGACACCUUAUUGAAUGAAGAAAAAAAGAGAAAAGAAGUGAAAGAUGCUGUAGCUUCAUCAUCCAAGCUAUUAACUGAUGUUACAGUGGAUCUCUCCUCUCUCCCCAGUGCCUCUGCCCAACCUUCUCUCUCCUCUAGCUGCACUGAUCUACUCCUUGGGCAUCAUUAUACACAUCAGGGGCAACAAAAUGCACAUUUGGAUCAACAUGGUACAAACUUAGAGCGACACAAUACAUAUAGGCCUCAAUCAGAUACCAUUCUAGCCCACAAUGAUGCUGUAAAUCUGAGGCCUAAACAAAGAGAAUCUUCAAAGAGGACAUCCAGUCAUGUAUAUGGCUAUAAAAAGUCAAGAAGGACACAAGAUACUAAUGGACAAAGAUAUGGAAAACAGGGACAAGAUGAUUCUAACAAUGGAGUUUCAUCUUUUCACUCAAUGUACGAGAGUUAUGGCUCUAAUGGAAGCAGAGAUAGUGAUGACAGUUUAAGACACACUGAUUCUAGCUUGAGGCACAAUGAUUCGAGUUUGACACAUAAAGAAAGCUUGAGACACAAUGAUUUGAGGUUGACACACAAAGAUUCUAGUUUGAGACACGAUAACUCCAGUGUCCUGAGACACAAUGAUUCUAGUUUGAGACACAACAACUCCAGUGUCCCAAGGCACAAUGAUUCUAGUUUUAGAGACAACAAUUCCAGUUUUCUUAGACACAGCUGUAGUUUGUUCAACUCAGACAGUAAAUAUUCAAGCAAUAAACCCACAAACAACUCUACAACAUAUUCAAGGGAUAUGAAGCCACAUAUGAAAAAUACAUCUCACACUGUAGAUCAUUCAGGUGAAGGGCAUCUAGCUCCUAGUUGGAUAGGAGACUUGGUAAGAUCUGACAUAGAAUCUACAAUAAUUAACACUGGUAGUUCUCCACUCACCAGACUUGGUCCAACAACUGGGCCCAAGGGUCGCAAGCCACCAAGUUGGAUUGAAGAUUUAGAUCAUUCAGCUAUAGAGACUAUUUUAGAAGAGGCACUAAAAGGUGGCCGUACCCCUCCAUCUUGGAUAGCUGAUCUAGAGGGUUCAGACCUGGAGACAGUUAUCACUGGAGUACAGCAGUUAGCCGCCAAUGAGGGACACCCUUUACCUAGCUGGAUUGAAAUGCUGGGUGGAAAAUCUGAAAUUGGGACUACUGAAGGGGUGGAUUCACCACUGGUGCCAAAACGAGACCAUGCAGACCAUAUAAGGGCAUGGGUUAAUCAGCUUCAUGUUACAAAAUCUCCAGAGACACCACAUAUUGAAAGACAUUCUGACAAGUGUACCUCUGAUGUAAUAAGAGCUGAAAAGUCAUCAAAAUCCCACACAGCUGAUAUCUCAACAUUGAAAGUCAUCUCAGGGGGACUACAUAAUGAACCUCAAAGUAAAGAGUCUGCAAAGAACAUUCAGAAAGAUAUAAGUAAACAAGGUGCAAGACCUCCUCCAAGUUGGAUCGAUGGCUUAGACAAAUCAGAAAUCAACACAGCUCCAAGUUGGGUAAAUGAUAUGGCAAAAACUGAUAUUGAAUCUGAAGUAGGGGAGCAAAUCCUUAGUAAAAAUCAGAUCUCUAGUGGAGGUAAAGUUCCUAGCUGGGUGGGGAGAAUAUGCCCCUCUAAUAUCCAGAGUACAACACAGGGGUAUGCACCAUACCACAAAGACUCACCAAUAUGGCCUAACAGCAAGUUUAAUUCACUAAAGAAACACAAUAUAUCUGAGUCUAAAGACUAUAUCAACACAACAUUAGAUCUCAGCAUAGGUGAUCUUACUAACACAUAUGACACUCAAUACAAAGACUCUGAACAUAUAGCUAAUAACAAACCAGAAUCAAACUUUAAAAGGAGACAUUUUGGUGACUCUUUGGCAUCUGGUGAUACCAAUGAUCUGUUGCUCAGCUCCUCUCAUGGAAGGCCAACAAAUAUUGACAGAAUUAGCCGCAGAGCAUCCAAUGUAGUUAAAACCUCAGAUGUUCAACCAACCACUAGUAAAAUUGAGAGUAAACUGUUAUCCCAAGUGCAAGCAAGAGACACGAGAUCUGACUUUUCAAAGCAAUACAUGAAUAAAGAAAAUAUCGCAGCUGAACCUUAUAUGUUAAACAGUAAACUUGCAGAAUAUAAAGACAGGUAUAACACUAAGGAAGGGAGUGAGAACACUAUAGAACUGGCCUAUAAGGAUGCAUUCUGUAGGGUGGCGAGAGAGCAGGCUCUUGGCAGGCAGAGUUCAGGCACGCAGCCCCCAGAAAGGCAGGGUUCAGACAAGCUACAGACUCCUGACAAUAUUAUAUAUAGAGUAGAAACACCUACUAAAGACCUCAUUACUCAUGGUGGUGGGAAAGCAAUAGAGAGUCCAUCCACGACUGUAGUGCUUGAGGGGGACCGGUCCUGGGAGAAACCUAUACCAUAUAAACCACCUGCAAUCAAUACCCCUGACAAAAUGGAGCAACAUCAGUAUAAGACCCAUGAAACAUUCAAGACCUAUUCUCCCAGACUGAGUGGUACUGAUCAACCAGGUUCUAUGGAAGCAUUGAAAGUGAUGCUGUUUAAACUACAAGAUGUCCAGUCCACAUUUGACACAACUGAUGGCAACUUGUUUGAUGUGUCCUCCCAUCCCAGUGCUGACAUUGAACCAAUCACUGCUGAUAAACAGAAGGACAUUUUCUCAGUGGAGAAUAGUGAGAGUCAGUCAGAACAUUUCUCUAAUGAACAAGGGAAAGAAAAACUUGAAAGAGCAUUUGCACAUCUUUCAAAACUGAAACAAAUAUUCACUGUCAACCACCAUGAAGAAGAUGUUGCACUUGGAGCAAAGAGUGGACCAGGCGGUUCAUCUACCAUAGAUUAUACUGUCUCAACUUCAACCAUGGAAUGAACUGCACAGCGUUUUAGGUGGUUUAUCUACCAUAGAUUUUACUGUUUCAACUUCAACAUAGAAGGGACUGCAACUUAUAUAAAAACUAGCUGAAUGAAUAUCUUAAUUAAGUCCACAUGGAGUUUUGCUGAAACCACCACAGACAAGGAAUUUGAGAAACAACAUAUGACC